CCUAGAUUGGCAUUUAAAAUGGCGGCACCUUCAGUGUUUUUAGUAAUGGUGAGCGGUCAAAUUGAAUCGGCAGAGGUAUGUGUGCCUAUGUAUAUAAUUAUUUCUAAACAAAUAAUGUAACAUCAACUAUCACUCAUUAUUAUUUUCAUAUAAAAUUAUUAUAAGUUGCUUUAAAUAACUCAUAAAAGCGUGUAAAAUAACCGUCGUCAAGUGUAAACAUGUCGUCCAUGAUCUGAUUUGUAUUUUAUUAUUUUAUGAAUUACUAUAUUGUCACACUAUUAUUAGUAUUACUACUGAAGGCUAUGUCUACCGCCCAUACUGAAUACUGACAAGUGAACAUAUAAAUCAUCAUACUCAUACUGUGGAGGCCAUACCAUUGGGCAUACUGAACACCAUAUACCAGCCAACUAAUUUGUUAAUUAAGACAAUUAAGUUUAACACUGGUCCCUUAGUUUCUAUCAGUUAAAAUGAUUAAAAUAAGAUUAAGAAUAGGGAUACUGUCUCUGAGUGUACAUGAAAAUAAAUAUAAUAUAAAAUACGAUUUUACAGGAUAAGUAUAGACUGUAUGACUCAUGGCUACUGUAUGAUAAUUGAUGUUCCUUAUACUUAAAUGGAGCAUUCCUUAUUCUUGCUAAAAAAAUAAUUUUUCUUUUCAGUUCCCAGAAUUUGAUGAUAUUUACUGUAAAUACUGCUUUUCAUAUGGAUUAGAUUGGGCUAUCACAUCAGUAAGUAAUUCAUAAGAAGUUAAAACGUAAUAUAUACCCAGUCUAAUGGUCUCAGUGGUGAAUCCAUGUUGAAAAUUCACUAAUAUCCUAUGUAGGUGUUCACGCUGAGCAGGCAUGCUAUGGCUUCUGAUGCAGAACUUUUGUUUAUAUUUAUCAAUUUUACAUUUAUAUGCUCGCCCAAGAUGCAGAAACCUGCAACUGCAUAUAGCUCUUUAAAAGAAUAUUUUUCUUUUAAAUAUGAUUUUCAAGCACCCCUCAUGCAGGGGAAAUUAAAAUGUAAAAUUUAAAUAAAUCUUUAAUUAAUUCCAUAUAUUAAAACAAGAAAUUGUUUCUCUAAUCUUUUCUUGCCCACUUCAUUAAAAUCAAACCUGAUUUUUUUUCCCCCCACAAAUUUUAAUCUUCUAGCUGAUAAAUAUGCCCACCAUUGGAACUAAGAAUUAAAAUUUAUAAUGAUAAAAAAUGAUAAAAAUGACAGUAUUGUGUCUGUGCAUUGCCAGCCAAUGGAAAGCUGAGAACCCCAGUAACAAAUCUCAAGAGUGAACAUACCUUAAAGCUGACUGUUUUGGAAAAUGUUCCAGAGGGCAUAAGUGGGAUGGUCUGCUUAUGAGCCGGUCAUAAGAGUUUCUAAAUAUUUCUUUCCCUCAAGCUAAAUUAGAUAAUAAAAUUGUGUUUCUAGAUAAUUGAGGUCAUAGGCAUUCAAUUACAUGACUAGAAGAUUUAAAUAUUAAUAAAAUAAAGAUAUCAGACUUUGAUGGAACUACUAUUGUGUCAUUUUUAGCACAAGGAAAAUCUAAUUCUUAAGUCUAGUUAUUCUUUUGUAACAUUUCGCUCACCCUGGCAUAUUAUGGGGUCGGAUAAUUAGUGGAUUUUUAGCUUGUCUGUCUUUUCCUGUCCAAAAGUUUAAAUCCAAUUAUUAAUCAUUCUUCUUGUUUUACCAGGGCCUAGAAGAGAGUAUCACACAGAUAACAAAGAAGAGUCGAGACCAAUAUCAAAGAUUUGUCUGGAAUUUUCCCAUUGAUGCUACAUUUAAGAGUACUAGUCCUGCUGGAUGUGAGUUGGCUAUGGGGUCAUCCAUAAAUGACAUCACACUAUUUUAGUCUAUAUUCGUGUGCCCCCCCCCCCCCUUUUUUUUGUUUUUUUUGUUUUCUUCUUUCUUUUCCCCAAUUGUCUAAUUUUCCCAUUUAUGCUACAUUUAAGAGUUCUUGUCCUGCUGGAUGUGGGUUGGCUAUGGGGUCAUCCAUAAAUGACAUCAAACUAUUUUAGUUUUUAUUCGUGUGCCCCCCCCCCCCCUUUUUUUUGUUUUUUUUGUUUUCUUCUUUCUUUUCCCCAAUUGUCACCAACUUAAGACUACUUCAUAAAACAUGAUCAUAAAUUUAUGGAUGGCCCCUAUCAUUUUUUUUCGUUCUAAUUUUCCUUCCUGACUAAACUGAAUGCUGUUAUGAUAAUAUUGAUGAUGAUAUAUAUCUACAUGUGGGUCAGCAUCAUUAUCUCAGCACACAGAAUUGCUGACUUAAAAUGGAACCAUCAAAUUCCACUGGAAAUGAGCAAUAGAAAAAAAUAUCCAGAAAUUGAUCUUCAAAAAACAUACACAAAAAAACCCACCAAAAUGUAAAAAAAAUUCAUGUAAUCUUUCCUAUUAUAUCAGCUAUUCAUCCUAUACCUGUUGUCAUAGUUGUGAAAUUUGUCUCAGUCUCCCUGCUCUUUUUAUCUUUUGUGUGAGGAAAAGCUGAAUCGCAUUUUAGUGACCAAUAAUGCAAGAAGAAAAAAAAAAAGAAAGAAAUUUUAUUAACUUUUUUUUUUUAGUUAUCAACUUUUCAUAUUAUUAGCUCAAUUUUUAUUUUGUUAAUUUUGUUUCUUGUGUUCCUAUGACUUUUUGCAAAUAUCAUUCAUUCAUUUAAAAAUUCAUGAAGUAAUGAGAAGUUGAUGACUAUUUAUAAAUUUUUUGUGAAUGAUAUAAAAUUAGAACAGCUGUUUCUGGACAGGGCCGAAAUCUCAAAUCUUAAAUUUAGAGUGUUUUUUUAUCCAUAGGUCUCUGAUUCUUCAAUUCUUUAAUAAACUACAUUUCUCAUCCUUAGGGCCCCAGCUUGUAGUCUAUGCAUACGGUCUUGAUGUCUUUGGCACGGAUGUUGUGCGCGGUUAUGGUGUCUGCCAUGUUCCAAUCACACCAGGAAGGUUUGUGAUUCCAUAAACUUUAAGUGGCUGCAACAAUGCAUUUCAUUGCCUUAUAGAAAUCCCUUAGCAUGGUAACAAGGUGGUUGAAUAAUUUCAUGCUCAAACUUUUCAUCCCCAUAUUUCAGAAUGAUCUGAAUUGUUACUUUUUUGUUUUCACAUCUUCCAACGUUCAGCAUCACUUAAUCAACAAAUCAGCUCAACCCAAACUUAUAAUGACAGAUAGUUAAUAGUUGCUAUUUUGAGACUGUGUGGAUAUAUUGAGAGUAUCAUCAUUCGACUGUCAGAUACCGUCAAUACUUAUAUAGUACUUUGAUCUUUUGAGUUAAGAGGCCAUUUUUUAAAUGCCUGGGUGAGAUAUAAAACUCAAGUGCCCCGUGAACCUUACAGUUAAAAUGAAUUCAUUAUGAUAUGCUCUCCUUGUUAUUUUUCUUCCCAUUCAGGCACCGACUAAAAAUCCCCAUGUUUGUGCCGGAAUCGUCUUCCUUGUUCCAGAAAAUGACGGCCUGGUUUUUGGGCAGGCGGCCAGAGUACGUCAAUCCCAGAGUUGUGGCCCAAGGGGAGGGAAGAGAGGGUGAGAUAAUCCAUAUUGAAAAUUUUCAUUCAUCAGUCAUUUCUGUCAUAAGAAAUUCCUGUCCAUUCAAUGUUUAAUUUUUGUAAGUGAAUGGCUCCAUUAAAAUGGACUAGCAACUUGUAAAUUAAUAUUUACAUUAAUAAACCUUUACAUUGUAAUUUUAUGGUUCCAUGGGAAGUACACAACUUCAGUGUAUCUACCAUUUACAUGUACUUUCAAUCGCCAUGGUUUGCUGGGGCGUUUGUUGUUGUUGUUUUUGGUCGACAACUCUAAGCCAGCUUUCAAACAUUUCAGUGACGAGAGUUCGCAGCCAAGGUUUCGUCACAGUCUCAUUUAACGUGAUCAUGAAGGAUAUGAAAAAGUUGGGCUACGACGUCCAGCCCUCAGAUGUUCAAAACCCAACCAUCCCUGACAACGUCAACACAACCGUGGCAGCAAGUUAACAUUCCCGAACGCAAAGGUUUAUCCGUGUAAAUUUCAUCUUUACCAAACUCCAUAUCGACCAAUGUCUCUGCAAAGUGGCAUGCGUAAGAUAUUUUGCUGUAAGACUGCCAGAGAUAACAGGUUAAUAUUUAAAGAGAACUACUUCAGUGUAUUGAUACAUUUGAAAGGUUUUUAUGUUCAUCAGUGACUUUAAAAAUCAUGUUGAAAAUUUACUGUAGAGUUGGAUUGUUGUGUUUGUAAUAAACGACAUACAUAUGUUUUGUUAAGAAUAUAGUUGCUAGACAUUAAUUAAGACUAGACAAAUAGCCAUAAGUCACAUCAAUAAUUUCAUAUUCAAUUAUGUCAUAAUAUUGUUGUUUUUUUAUUCCGUCCAUUCAAUAUUAAAACUUUUAUAUAAUGUUAUGUUUAUUUGUCUUAAAAAUAUCUUUUACAUGUCAUCUCAUAAUCAUAGAUUUUAUGUGUCUGGACGAAUGUUUUUUUUCUUACAUAUGGGAGCAAAGUUGAUGAAUAAUUGAAAUUAAAAAAAAAUCUUCUAUUUGACUCAGCCCUGUACUACAUUACAUCCGUACUAUUGGACUCAGCCCUGUACUACAUUACAUCCCUACUAUUGGACUCAGCCCUAUACUACAUUACAUUCCUACUAUUGGACUCAGCCCUGUACUACAUUACAUCCCUACUAUUUGACUCAGCCUGUACUACAUUACAUCCCUUCUAUUGGACUCAGCCCUGUACUACAUUACAUCCCUACUAUUGGACUCAGCCCUGUACUACAUUACAUCCCUACUAUUUGACUCAGUCCUGUACUACAUUACAUCCCUACUAUUUGACUCAGUCAGCCCUGUACUACAUUACAUCCCUUCUAUUGGACUCAGCCCUGUACUACAUUACAUCCCUACUAUUGGACUCAACCCUGUACUACAUUACAUCCCUACCAUUGGACUCAGCCCUAUACUACAUUACAUCCCUUCUAUUGGACUCAACCCUAUACUACAUUACAUCCCUACUAUUGGACUCAGCCCUAUACUACAUUACAUCCCUACUAUUGGACUCAGCCCUGUACUACAUCCUUACAUUGUUGUAAGAUUGAGGGAAGUAGUGGGUUGUCUAAAUGUUCCAUGUUUAAAUCUUUGAGGGUGGCAUUUCUAUGUGUUUUUGUAAUCCAGCAUUCUUCGGCAUCAAAAACACGUACUUGCUUUUAUUUGUUUUUGAAAGAGAUUUAACUUAAACAGUCAAUCGUGCAUCAUGACAUUGUACUUGUGUGAGAUACUUUUAAUGGAUGCCGUUACUGUAGUUUCAGCAUGAUGUAUGAGAAUCAUUAGGGUGAAAAUGAUUAAUGAGGUCUGAAUUAUCUGUAAAUAAAAGAUUAUUUAUUUC